AUGGCGGAACUACAUAUCCAGUUUAGCAUUGCUAUGGUGAUAGCAGGAAUACUAGCAGAAGUUGUGAGUAUAUUAUGGUACAACGACAGGUCGCCAUGGGGACACAGAACCGGCGAGAGAUACCUACUCACCGCCCUAGUGUGUGACGCCCUUUUAGUUGUCCUGUUGAAAUUCGUCACCGAUCAAUUUUAUCCAAUUGGACGAUGGGAGGACGGUGUAAUGUUAAGCCUGUUCUUCGCCCUGAUGUACGCUGCCCUGGAGGCGCCUCACUGUGUCCAUAACCAUCGUAGCUUUUCCUGGUUCUUUUUCCAUACCAUUCACAAGUUCCUUGUGUGUUUUGUUGUCGUCUUCGCUCUUUUCUACUUCCGUUACCUCGGAUAAGAUGGAGGAUUCAUGAAUAAGAGUCUUCUUGUUCACUGUUGAAAACGCAUAUCAUUUCCAUUAGCUAUCACCUUGAUAACCAAUCUGACAUAUAUGUUCACAUUGAUUUGCAUGCCAGUAGAUAUUGUAAUGUCGUUCUUUAUUUUUCAUGUUAUUUUCUGAAAACUUUGUUUGAAAUCCAUACUACCUGAACCAAACCGUAUGUACAUACUGUGUGAAUUGUUUCUCACAUUCGAACAUUUUAAUCAUUCAAAUUUUGCUAUAUUUUGGAACAAGAGUAUAAGGUUUUUG